GCACAAAUCCUGUCCGACUGCGUGCUGGGCCUCGUGUCCUCCGAGGACAGCUUCACCGGAAACCAGCUGAUCGAUGAUGAGUAUUUGCAAGACGUGCACGGCUUGACUGACGAAGACUUGGCGGUGUAUCGCUGCGUGCCCGAUGUGGAGCCACCUCGAGCCCUAGCCAGCCAUGGACACAUGGGCGAUGGCCUGAGAGGGUUUAGGGUUUAA